CGGGAGGUGCCCGCCCCGCUCCGCUCCGCUCCGCUCCGCGCCCCGCGCCCCGCUCCGCCCCGCUCCGCGCCCGCCGCUCCAGCAUGCACGGAGGAUGCUCGCGUCUUGCUCGGGCAGGAAGGGGCCGGAGGGCAGGUACCCGCUGCACUACCUCGUCUGGCACAACCGAGCCCGGGACCUGGACCGGGAGCUCAGCGCCAAGCAGGCCGACAUCGAGCAGCUGGACCCCCGAGGACGCACCCCGCUGCACCUGGCCACCACGCUGGGCCACCUCGAGUGCGCCAGGGUGCUGCUGAAGCAUGGAGCUGACGUGGGCAAGGAGAACCGCAGCGGCUGGACGGUGCUGCAGGAGGCCGUGAGCACCCGCGACCUGGAGCUGGUGCAGCUGGUCCUGCGCUACCGCGACUACCAGCGAGCCAUCAAGCGCCUGGCCGGGAUCCCCAUCCUGCUGGAGAAGCUGCGCAAGGCCCAGGACUUCUACGUGGAGAUGAAGUGGGAGUUCACCAGCUGGGUGCCGCUGGUGUCCAAGAUCUGCCCCAGCGACACGUACAAGGUGUGGAAGAGCGGCCAGAACCUGCGGGUGGACACCACGCUGCUGGGCUUCGACCAUAUGACCUGGCAGCGGGGCAACCGCAGCUUCGUCUUCCGCGGGCAGGACACCAGCGCCGUGGUGAUGGAGAUCGACCACGACCGGCGGGUGGUCUACUCGGAGACGCUGGCCCUGGCCAGCCACGACCAGGAGGUGCUGCUGGCUGCUGUGCAGCCCACGGAGGAGCAGGUGAUGGGGCGGCUCACGGCCCCCGUCGUCACCACCCAGCUCGACACCAAGAACAUCGCCUUCGAGAGGAACAAGUCCGGGAUCCUGGGCUGGCGGAGCGAGAAGACGGAGAUGGUGAACGGGUACGAGGCCAAGGUCUACGGGGCGUCCAACGUGGAGCUGAUCACGCGGACGCGGACCGAGCACCUCUCGGACCAGCACAAGGGCAAGAGCAAAGGUAGGGCGAGGGGCUGCGGUGGGCAGGGGGCUUCACCGGCCCCCAUCCUCACACCACGUCCCGCAGGCAGUAAGACCCCGCUGCAGUCGUUCCUGGGCAUCGCCGAGCAGCACGUGGGGCCCAACAACGGGACGCUGAUCACGCAGACGCUGAGCCACGCCAACCCCACCGCCAUCACCCCGGAGGAGUACUUCAACCCCAACUUCGAGCUGGGCAACCGGGACAUGGGGCGGCCCAUGGAGCUCACCACCAAGACGCAGAAGUUCAAGGCGAAGCUGUGGCUGUGCGAGGACCACCCGCUGUCCCUCUGCGAGCAGGUCGCCCCCAUCAUCGACCUGAUGGCGAUCAGCAACGCGCUCUUCGCCAAGCUGCGGGACUUCAUCACCCUGCGCCUCCCGCCCGGCUUCCCCGUCAAAAUCGAAAUCCCCAUCUUCCACAUCCUCAACGCCCGCAUCACCUUCGGCAACCUCAACGGGUGCGACGAGCCCGUCAGCUCCCUGCGGCACAGCCCCAGCAGCGAGGCGCCCUCGCCCAGCAGCGACUCCUCCAGCGUCAGCAGCUCCAGCUCGCUCACGUCGUGCCGGGUGUGCGAGAUGGACCCGGCGCUCUUCGAGGUGCCCCGGGGGUACAGCGUGGUGGGCACCCACCAGGACACCCUGCGGGAGGACGAGGACGACCUGCUGCAGUUCGCCAUCCAGCAGAGCCUGCUGGAGGCGGGCAGCGAGUACGACCAGGUCACCAUCUGGGAGGCGCUGACCAACAGCAAGCCGGGCACCCACCCCAUGUCCCACGAGGGCCGCCGGGGAGACAGGUUGGACUCCCCAGCACACGGCAGCCCCCCGUCCCCCGGGCAGCCCGUCCCCGGGGGGGGGCGGGGGUCCCGGGGCGCUGCUCCCCAGCUACGCGGAGCAGCUGCGGCUGGCCAUGGCGCUGUCGGCGCGGGAGCAGGAGGAGGCCGAGCGGCGGACGCGGCAGGAGGAAGAGGAGCUGCAGCGCAUCCUGCAGCUCUCGCUGACCGAGAAGUGACCCCGCGCCCCCGCUGAGCCCCCCCCGGCCCGGGGACGGGGAGAACGCGCGGAUGGGGCACAGAUGGGGGGGGGGUGGGGGGAGUGG